GAAGACGGCAUGGGCCGCGUUAUGCCGCGUUGUUGUCGCGUUGCAUCCCCCUCAAGUUGCCCGUGAGCACUACAACAACCUAUCCUCUUUUCUUUCCACUUUGCUUUUCAUCUAAACUGCAUCAUGACCAUCGUCUUCUAUGGGCCGGUCAUCUCUCCCACGAAUGACUACGAUGAAUACACCGUGGACCCUCGCUGCCUCCUCGUGGUAUCCGACGAAGGCACCAUCGAGUGGCUAGAUAGAGAUGUCCAAGACAGCAUGGUGCAACAGCGAUUAUUUGAAGGCGGACUCAGCACGGACGGGAUUGAGAUCAUUACUCUCAAGAACGGUGAAUUUCUUAUACCUGGGUUCAUAGAUACGCACAUACAUGCAUGUCAGGUUCCUAACAUGGGAAUUGGCGGCGACAAGGAACUUCUGAGCUGGCUGCGGGAUUACACCUUUCCUCUAGAGACGCAAUUUGGCAGUCCCGGCUUUGCAGAGCGCAUAUACCCAGACGUCGUGAGACGUAUAAUCGAGAGUGGCACAACAACUGCUUGUUAUUAUGGCUCUCUGCAUUCGGAUGCCACGAAAACACUGGCCACCAUAAUCAAUAACAAAGGACAGCGCGCCUUUGUUGGGAAAUGUAACAUGGACCACAAGAGUGACGGCGACUCGGAAUACCACGAGAAAAGCGCGCAAGACUCUAUAGACGAUACUAAGGCGCUUUUCAAGCAUAUACAUCAUUUACGCAAGUCUGCGGAUGGCACACCAUUCGUAUACCCUAUCCUUACACCACGCUUUGCUUUGUCGUGUACCGAACAUCUGUUGGAGCUUCUGAAACGGUUUGUGGAAGAGAACGACAACCCAAGUAGACCACUUGCGAUACAAACCCACAUAUCGGAGAACAUGGAGGAAGUUGAGGAGACGCUGCAGAUCUUCAAGGAUUGUUCUUCGUAUGCGGCUGUGUAUCAAAAGUAUGGACUACUUCGCCGGGGAACGAUUCUAGGACACGGUGUUUACCUGACGGAUGACGAAAUGACGCUCAUUGCCAAGCAAGGUGCUGGUGUCGCACACUGCCCCACGAGUAACUUCUAUCUCAGCAGCGGGAUGGCUCAGGUUGGUAAACUGUUGGACCACGAUGUAAAGGUCGGACUGGGUACUGAUGUAUCGGGUGGAUACAGUCUAUCAAUGUUAACCACUAUUCGGAACGCAAGUAACGUAUCAAAGAUGCUCUUUGUGAACGCACAAGCCGCGGAAAGGCGUGGUGAACAGCGAUUUCACGCCGGAAAAAGAGCCAAUCGGAAGCUCACUGUGGCGAACCUUCUUCAUCUUGCAACUUUGGGUGGUGCCAAGGUUUGCAACCUGGAGAAACAAAUAGGCUCUUUGGAUGAAGGGAAGGCCUUCGAUGCAUUGCUAGUUAGCGUGCGAGAUGAAACGGGAAAUCCAGCAGUUUGGGGCUACAACCCACACCGCGACUCCCAUAACGCUAACACGCUGCCGGACAAGAAGACACUCAGAAUUUGGCUUGAACGGUUCCUCUUUUGUGGUGAUGAUAGGAAUAUCAGGAAAGUAUUCGUCCAAGGUCGGCUAAUUGGCGGGAAGGAGGCUUAAUGUUGGAGUGGCGGUGAAGCAACUAGUCGAGAUGAUCACUUUGUUUCAUGCGCGGGGGCAUGCGUCGCGAUGCUUAAAGUUAUAUACACAGUAUACUAGCUUCCGGGUAAAUCAACUUGCACGAUUGCAAUCAAGAGGGCAACCACUCACGAUAGGCUACGUUAUGAUAGAUUCCCAAGGCCCUUGUCCUUCUUAAAGUCUCCAAACUCCCACUUGUAACAAUCCUGG